UCCCGGAUGUAGCGGGCGCCAUUUUGAAAGUUUCUCGAGCUCAUUUUUCUUCUUCAGAUUUGAGCGUUGACUCCUCGUCAAAUAAUGCGUCUUAAAAGAUUCCUGCUACGCUAUUAUCCUCCAGGGAUCAUCCUUGAGUAUGAACAAGGAGGGCAGACCAAGACGAAGUCUGUGGAUCUGUUGGACCUGAAACCAGAAACUGAUGUAGAUGCAGUAUUAGAUGAGAUUUCUCGUAAGGAACCACUCAUCACCCCUUCUCGUAUGGACCAAGUCAGAACACUCAUCAACAAACUUCAGCUGAAACUUUCUGCUGCUGACGACCAUGCCUUUUACCUGUUCAAGGUGCUUCGGGCUCAUAUUCUUCCACUCACCAAUGUUGCCUUCAACAAGUCUGGAUCAAUGUUUAUCACAGGAAGCUAUGACAGAACCUGUAAGGUUUGGGACACUGCUUCAGGAGAAGAACUGCACACCCUGGAGGGACAUAGAAAUGUGGUUUAUGCCAUUGCUUUUAACAAUCCAUAUGGUGACAAGAUUGCAACUGGAUCGUUUGACAAGACAUGUAAACUGUGGAGCUCAGAGACUGGAAAAUGUUACCAUACCUUCAGGGGUCAUACUGCUGAAAUUGUGUGCACAGCGUUCAAUCCUCAGAGCACCAUAGUAGCUACUGGCAGUAUGGACACCACAGCAAAGAUAUGGGAUGUGCAAACCGGACAAGAGAUCUCCACACUCAUGGGUCACUCAGCAGAAAUCAUUUCCUUGUCAUUCAACACAAAAGGGGACCAAGUCAUCACAGGCUCUUUUGACCACACUGUAACAUGCUGGGAUGUCAGGUCUGGCAGUCGAAUCCACACUUUGAUUGGCCACCGUGGUGAGAUCAGCAGUGCUCAGUUCAACUGGGACUGUUCCCUUAUAGCCACAGGAUCCAUGGACAACACCUGUAAGAUCUGGGAUGCCAGGACAGGCCAGUGCAUAGGUACGCUGCGAGGCCAUGAAGAUGAAGUUUUGGAUGUUGCCUUUGACUACACAGGACAGCUGUUAGCCACCGCAUCAGCAGACAGCACAGGCCGUGUGUACAACGCUGUGACUCAUCAGUGUCUGGUGAAGUUGGAAGGACAUGAGGGAGAAAUCUCCAAGGUUUGCUUCAACCCCCAAGGCAACAAGAUUCUGACUGCCAGUGCAGACAAGUCUGCUCGACUGUGGGACCCCCAGAGUGGCAAGUGUCAACAGAUUUUGGCAGGGCAUUCUGAUGAGAUCUUUAGCUGUGCCUUUAACUAUGAGGGCAAUACAAUUAUAACAGGAAGUAAGGACAACACCUGUAGGAUAUGGCGGUGAUACCAGGCAGGAAGCAGAAUGUGCACAGGACCUGCCAGACCAGAUUAUUCAUGUGUCAAAGUUACAGCCCUGGCAUAUAAACAUCACCAGUUUGUUUUUGUACACUUGUAAUGCACGUUUGAGAGAAGUAGCAGAUCUAGACGACCUGAACAUAUAAUGCCCCUAUCACAUACAUCAUGCUAUAGGAUUCUAUCAGAAAAUAUCUUGAUGAUUCUUAGAAUGUACAUUUCUGUACCCUGCAAAAUCCUGUCGUUGUUGUUUGACAGAAAACGCUAUGAUUGUAACCCGCUGGCGUUUUGAACAGGUAAAUUCAAAGCAGGCUCUAUUAUUACUUUUUUUACUGAUGACAAUUAUUCUUAUUCCUGGUAAUUAGGCUUGACUGUCCACUUUAUCAAAAGCUUGUCAUCUUUAGACAGUGAUGAUUACCCAAGCCUUAUCAAGAAUUCACUUAAUCCUGCUGGUAUAAAGUGUAGACGCAUGUCUUUGGUUAUUGCAUCUAUAGAUUUCUUUUUAAAGUAAAGUAAAGAUCAGUACAAGUUUGAUACAGCUGAUAACAAGAUAAAAUUACACAGAAUUAUGUAAACAAAUUGUUCAGGAAUCUCUUACAUUGCAUAUGAGCUGAAGAAAUAAAUAUAAAAGUGAUAACUAUGAAUUUUGAAAACUUAAGGCCUACACAUUACUCCUAUAUUGCAAUAUUUUCUUUCCUAAACUUCCUAUAUUGUAGCAUGAUACAGUCGUGUAGCAACAACAAUGGAUUGUACAACUGUUUUUGACAAAUUGACAGCUUCACAUCGAGUGUAAUUGAUAAUUAGGCCACAGCAAGUAAUUACCUCCAUGUCAUGUCAUGGAGGUUAUAUUUUCAGUUGCAUUUGUCAUUCUGUUGGUCAACAAAAUAACUCAAGAACGGCUGGGUGGAUUGGUUUGAUAUUUGGUGCGUUGGUAGGGUGUGAUGAAAACUGGAAAUGAUGAGAUUUUGGGUCCCCUUGUGGCUUCCUUUGGUACUGCAGCGUAACUUCCGGUUUUGAUAUUUCGCAAUCUGGACAUGCUUGGGUCAUAAAUUUUGGGAGGUUGGUAGCUCUUGUGCACGGGAAGAAGUCACGUGAGUUUAGGCCCCCUAGCAGCUUGUUCUGGAACUGCAGUGAUGUUCCCACUGAAUCAAAAGCAUUUGUACAUUAAAAACUUUUAUUUUUCAAAGUUGUUUCAGCGAGAAAUGGAUGUUGUACUAGUUGGUAGUUAACUUAGCACAACAUUUGUUUUUUAACAAGGUUUAUGAUAUCUAAAUUUGAAAAUGUAGGAAUCUUGUUGUUUUUGGCCCGUGUUGUUUUUUCCCCUAUCGCAUUAAAUUUUGAGUCUGCGGAUGAUGUCAUCCAUAAACUUUACUUCCUGUGGCCUAAAAUAAUUUGCCACCCUGAAAACACACAAAUAUACAUAAUAAGAAAAGAAGCUGCAUAUUCAUCUGCAAAGUGCCUGCCUAAAUGGGUAAAGUUCUUCUACGUUUUUGGCUACAAUGUAUUUUAAAGUAUCUGGUCCUUGAUUAUUUACAGGCCAAACCAUACUUUAUGUACUUCCAUGUUAUACAAUAAGAAGUCAUGUACUUUCAAAUUAAAGCAUUUUUUUAUCGUAAUCUUUUA